UGAGUUAUCACUCGAAGUGUGUAGUCUUCACUUUCAUUCUUUGGUCAAGUUUUCAAAACAAAUCUUUGAAUGUGUUUGUCAUAGUCCAAUAUCUUUGCAGUGCGAGUUUGACAGUAGAGAUCGCGGCAUGCGGGGAAGGAAAUUCAAGUGACGGAUUACUAGAUACAUUAGUUCGAAGUGUGUUAAUGUUUGUGCGGUAAGAAAAAUGUUUCAGGGAAAGUAACUGCAUAGUUUGUAUAAUCGGUUUACUUCCCGUGGCGUGCAUUUUGGAAUGAGUCCUGUUUUACAGCAUUGCAGAUUAGUAAUGAUAGUCAAAAAGCGAUUAAGAACCUUGAAGGAGGACCGUCCGAUACUUUAUCUGCAGUGCAGUUGAAAGUAAAAUGAGAAUUAAUGUGCGUGCAACACUUUCGUGCCUCAGAAGUUCCUAAAAUUAUAAUUUUUAUAUAGAUUUAAUUCAUAAAAUCUGCGAAUCGUAUGAAACAAAAUUUAAGAGCGCUGUUUACCACAUCGCAGAACUGGAUUGCCGUUACGACAGCCUUUUUCCAGAAUUGUACAGGUCUUUGGAAGUAUGAAUUAAAAAGAAAAGUCAUAGCAAUAAUAUUACCGGUGUUAAAUCGCCGCAUACGUGCCUUUCCUUUCAGUGUAACGUUGACUGAUAUAAAACCUGCGGGGUGACAGAUACCAGCUUUGAGAGGUUUAUGAUCUGAAUCAAAAUAAAUCGAGCACACAUCUUGUAGCUCGACAUAAUGGAAUCGAGGCUAUUGGAAAGUCACGGUAGCCGGAACGGACAGAAUGAAACUGACAGUGACGAAGGGAAUUCAAAUAAAAAUAGCUCUUCAGAAGAAUCUUUGAACCUGAAACUGAAGGAAAUUCCCCUAGUCCACCAAAGCAGAAGGAAACCUAACAGUCCUGAAACAAACUGUGGUGAAGAAUGUCUCAAAUGGACUGUCGGGGGUCCAAAAAAUGCAGUACUCCAGUUUCGCUGCUGUGCAUUGUCAAACCCGCCCGUUGAUCCACCGGCAAAUGAGCUACAUAUGACUUAUAAAACUGUACAAGCCGAGACAAAACUGCUUGCAGCUAUACUGAAUGCUCACGGAAUGCGGGAGGUUCACAACAGUAUUCCAGAUUUCAAUUUAUUAUGGACAGGUGUGCAUCCAAAACCACAUGUUCUGAAAGAUUUGACAGCGUAUCAACGAGUUAAUCAUUUUCCAAGGUCUUUUGAACUGACACGUAAGGAUCGGUUGUGCAAGAAUGUAGAGAAGAUGCAGAUGCUGAAGGGGGCAAAACAUUUUGAUUUUAUCCCACAGACCUUUGUGAUGCCAGCAGAAUAUCGCGAGUUAUGUUCAAGUCACCACCGAAACAAAGGUCCAUGGAUAGUAAAGCCAGUUGCCUCAUCACGUGGCCGUGGUAUCUACAUUGUUAAUAGUCCAGAACAGGUGCCUUUAGAAGAAACAGUAGUUGUUGCAAAAUACAUUGACAAUCCUUUGCUGGUUGAUGGACACAAAUGUGAUUUGCGACUCUACGUUGUUGUAACAUCGUAUGAUCCCUUACUUGUCUAUUUAUAUGAAGAGGGUCUGGUACGCUUUGCUACUGUGAAAUAUGACUCAGGUGGCAAACACCUAUGGAAUCCAUGCAUGCACCUCUGCAACUACAGUAUCAACAAAUAUCACUCUGAUUAUGUUAAGAGUGAUGACCCUGAGGCUGAGGACGUCGGUCACAAGUGGACACUGUCAGCUUUACUGAGGCAUUUACGUGCUGCAGGAACUGACACUGCACUCUUGAUGUCAAGAAUUGAAGAAGUCAUUGUAAAGUCUAUUUUAGCUUCAGCACCACCAAUUGUAGCAGCUUGCCGGAUGUUUGUCCCACAUACACACAACUGUUUUGAACUGUAUGGUUUUGACAUCCUGGUGGACUCAGAACUAAAACCAUGGCUGUUAGAAGUUAACCUAUCCCCAUCACUGGGCUGCGACUCUCCAUUAGAUGUCAGAGUGAAGUCUGCAAUGUUGGUGGACCUUCUAACUCUAGUGGGACUACCAGCAAUUGAUCCAAUGCUGCGGCGUAUAAAUGAACCUCAUCAUCACAGUAACCCUGCUGAUAGUACCAAGAAGCUUAAUUGUAGGCGGGUGCAUUCAGCAGAUACACUUACAGUAACAGCAACAGGGUCAAGGAGAGCAAACAGUUCGUCAGCACGUUUAACUUACAGCUCACUUUCACUCAGCCCAGAAGAAUCUAGAAUUGUUCGUUGUGCACGCAUGGAAUACGAGCGCCGUGGUGGAUUUGUGCGAAUCUUUCCUUCAGUUGAGAGCUGGAAUCGUUACAGUGCAUUUCUUGAUCCUGUGACUGGUAUAACUUGCCACAGUGGCACUACUUCAAUGGGGCACCCUUGCUCAACAACUGGAUUAAUUCAGCACAACUAUAACUUGACAUUGCAUCAGCAGUUAUUUCCUGGGGAGAUUAAGAAAGUUCAGCAACAACCACGUUCAGUACCAAAACUUCCUGAGCGAUUGGCACGUUAUGAACGAGCACUAGCUCAAGGACAUUGUACAGUUCUUGAAGAGAAGAAUCAGUCAUCACAGAAGACUGAGGAAGGAACUAACAAACUGAAUCCAAACAGAUACGAUGUUAAUUCAUUGCGCCAAGAAAUCCUGCACUGCUUUGAGAAAGGCAACAGGCUCAGCCAGAAUCAAGCACGCAGGAUCUUCUGCCAGUACUUGCAAUGUAUAUUACGUCGCCUUGCCAACAAAGAAGGUUUUGAUACAGAUGAUGAUAACAACAGUGAGCUUAUAUUGCGAUUCUUACAAAGGGCUUCAAGUAAUCUGCGUACACCAUAUUUUGUUCAGCCUCCAAACAGAAAACUAUCUGGCAAAGACAGAGUAGCUGUAGUUGCAAAACAGUUAUCAGACUUCAUUUAUCUGUAUAGCCGUGAAACUGAGCUCUACACAGAAGCAACAGACCGUCCACACUGUAUACCGUCAGAAUUAUGCACCAGGUUUCUCAUUUUUGCAAGUGAGUCUGAUUUGGAGGAAGUCCUGUCAGCUCAUUCGCGUGUGUUUAAAUGUGUGCACACGUACCUAGGACGUUGUGGACCAGCCCCAACAACUCGUCACCCAUUGGGUUUGCUGCGUUCAUAUCCACAUGCACCUGGAGGUACAUCUUGUGAGACUCGUCGUGCCUCUCUUUCAAAACAACCUGCUGCUAAAAGGGCAUCUGCUACUAAAGUCUCUAGAGCACUGUGAUACAUUGUGGUAUAUGAUUUUUACGUAUCCGUUCCAUGUAUGUGACAAGCUAGUCAUGUAAAGUAUUGCCUUGACGUUGUUAGUUGAUUUUGACGUGGGUUAGGAAAAGUAUUUCUUGAAAUGAUAACUUUGAUAAUGGUAGUGCUACUGUUGUAUUUUAAUUGUUUUUAUUUAUUUUGUUGUUGGAGACAGUGAUUAAAAGAAGUAUUUUAGACGGCCUUCCUGUUUUUAUGGCUGCCUGAAAUAGCAGCCGUUAAAAAAAGUCUGUGAUCUUUGUAUAAGUUAAAUCCUCAUUUUUGCAACAGUAUGUGGCAUUUUUUAUAAAAGAAUUCCAUGUGAGUGAUGGGUCAUGGUGCAAUCACAAUUAUUUUUUUGAUAUUUGUUUUUAUAUAUUUACUCACAGGGUACUUUCUAGAGUUGUGAACAGUGUCAAAGGCUGCAGUGGCAUAAUUUCAGUAUUUUGUUAUUUAUUUAGCUAGAUAGUGUUAGUCAGUGCAGCCUUUCCAUCUUUCUAAUUAUUUAUGUUAUUUAUUAUGUCAUUCAACUACUAAUACCUUCUUGUAUAAUAUCUUAUUAUUGUUCAUUAAGAGAUUGGACAAAUGUAUUGUUUUGAAGGACUGCUUUUUGGUGCUUUAUUGGGGGCAACGAAAGGAAAGAAACACUGCCAGAGCAAUUGUUCAUUGUGAUUGUGCUUACAAUUUAAUUUUCUGUAUGCAGUGGUGAAUUGUGACAUAAACAAAACAAAUUGUGUUGAAGGCUGAUGCAAUGAUUUUAUCUUGUACAAUAAUGACAAAUCAAGCAAAGUUAUUUUGAAUAAAUUUCAGUUGCUCAAUUGCUUUUUAACAAUAGUCACCAGUAGAGCAAUAGUGCACAUGCAGCAACUCCCAACAAUUUUUCAUCCAUAAAGUACAAUUAAAUAAGCAAGUUACCAGUAGUGCCAUAGAAACUGUACGUUGAGGGGUGCUAUGAUAAAUAAUUAUUAUUAAGUUCUCAUAAAUGAACAUUAUUUUUAAAAUAGAUUUUAUACACAGUUAAGACUCCCUUCCUCAUGGUAAUGGUUUAUAAUUACAUAUACCUAAACUUCAAGUAUUCUUGCACAGGAAUUUCGUGUCAUUAAUGCAUAAAAAUAAUUUUGUUGAUGUUUGUGCCAUGUGAAAUGCAAGUUUCCAGAAUUUUUAUAAUACAUUAACAUUGUUUUGCUGAAUGGACAAAAAAUCUGGAGGAAAAACUAUAAAUGGCACAAACUAAAUCAUCUGAAUAUUAGUUUACAGAUAACACAGAAACAUAAUUUGGCUUUUAACUAGGACAAGAUACAAACUUCUUUCUGAAUGAGUAAGGUUUGUGAGCAGUCAUGAUGGCUCAGAAAUUUAUAUUGUAAAGCUUACUUGGAAACUGUUCACAAAAAUUAAAGCUAGAAGUUAAAUUUGAUAGAAAUCAUCAUCAUAAAUUACUUUAAGGUUCACUAUCUUGUUGGCAUCAGUUUGAGAAAUACUACAAAAAUGUAGUUGCACCACCAGAGAUUUUCCCCAGUCCCCUCCCCGCCUCCCGUAAAGGAACUUAAGAAGGGAAAUUUGUGAGAUGUUCCCGGACAGUGUGGGGAGAAGAAUGAGUCAGAGGCAAAUGUGAACUUUGUGUGUUGGGGUAACAGAUUACUUGCACUGCAUCAUAUGUUAUUGAAUGAGAAAAUUCAUUUAAUUUUUUGUUCAGUGUAUGAGUAAAAUAUAUAAAACUUAAAUGACAUAUAAAUUUUCAUUUUUGGUAAGGCAGUGGUUAUUCUCAACUUACAAUUACUGUCAUCAGUUUCAUCUACCCUUCUUAGGUCAAUGACUCUUGGCUGCUCAAUAACUCUUGGCUUCAUUGAGUCACAAAAUAAAGCAGAUAUCCAUGUAAUGAUACUGCACCGGUCUUUAUUUGAGAGCAAUGUUUUAUUUAAAUUAUUUGAGUAUUAGUCUUUAAUAAUUUUGUUUUCUCUGCCUACUCAAUGUGCAAACUGUGUAAAAUGAGAAAUACUGAAACAAAAGGAGAACAGCUGAUACUAUGCUGACUUCCUUACUAUGAGGAAUACAAAAUACUUGUCAGUGAACUUCGUCAAUAGUAGCAUCAAUGAGAAAUGUAAACAGUUCUUCUAAGCAGUUGAGCUGCCUCUCUUGGAAGUAAUGCUAUAUGGGAAAAGCAGUCAUUAAAUGUACUUGGGCAGGAGUACUUAAUUACUGGUAUAAUUACUUUUCUUUUGGCUUUUAGUUAUAAAUAUGCGUGCAGCUUUUUUAAUGAAAUAGUAACAACAUAUGGCUCAUCUGUCCCCUAACCCCUUCUCUCUCUCUCUCUCUCUCUCUCUCUCUCUCUCUCUCUCUCUCUCUCUCUCUCUCUCUCUCUCUGAGACAUUACUUACCCACGCAAUUAAUGCACAAAAAAUGUCAGUCUUUCAGAAUUAAUGUUUAAAAGCUUUUAAAGCAAUAAUCACACUAGCUUUUAGCUCAGAAGUUAAAGCUACAUUUUUCACUAUGUGGAGAAUUCCAUUGUAUAAUCUUACAGAAGAGACUGUUCUGGUCAUUAAGGUGCUCUUUAUUAUUAUUUUAUUAUUACUGAAUAGCAGUGGUAUUAGAUUAAGUGGUUGCUCAUAUGGUGACAAUUGUGGUCAAUCAAUCUAUCAUAAAUACUUAACAUUUAAAUGCUGAACUUUAAUAAUUAACAAUAUUCACAUUCAAAUAAGGAUGAAGUGGACAGGAAACUAGAAAAGUGGCUUAGUUAUUUUGAAAGCUGGAUAUAUAUGGAUACAAACUAUCUUGUCUCAGUUGGGCUGAUUUCUCAUUCCAUAUUAAAUUAUCACCUCUUUUCCUUUCAUUUUGUUUGUCGUUGAUUUAUGACAAAGAUUUCUUCCUCUAAAAAAUAGAAUUAGCUAACAAAGUCAUAAUUUUCACUGUAAACAGAAAGGCCUUUGAAUGAGAAAUUUUAUUAUCUUUCAUAGAUGUGUAAGAUUUAGUAAUGAUGCCAAAGUAAUUUGUAUGUUUUACAUGUUCAGUUUUGUACAUCUUGCAUUUAGGAAUACUUCCAUGGUAUGAUACUUACAACAUGGUAUGUUUAGUAACACUGGUGUCACUUAUUAUUAAUGGUUUGUGAAAGUAUCCAGUGGUUUUUCACUCAGUGAAGCACAAAUUUCUACAGUUAAUAGAAUCACAGUAUAUGUAGCAAAUGAACUGUAGUAAAAGCUGUAACACUGUUUCCAGUUAUGUGAAAAACAUUCCUUACAUGAAGUGCUGAGUUUGUGUACUUAACUUUUAUCAGAAAUAUCUGAAGUACUUGUGAUAUUUUAACAGUGAAAAUGACAUAUGCCAUUCUUUAAGCUGGUGUUUUUUACAGAUGUAGUCACUGAACUAAAAAUUUUUGGAAGAUUUUUUAUGAAGUGCAUUAAAAUAUUGUACGUCACAUUGUAAUUGGGCAAGUGCCCUGUAACCUGUCUUAUGGAUGCUGGAGGAAAUUGUCAUAAUGUACAUGAAUUUGAAAUUGUGUAUUUUUGUGGGCACAGCUUUGUAGACUUAAAUGUGCUCAUUUGGCAUAGAUUUACGCUGUUCGCUGCUUAAAGAUGUAAGUCAGUCUUCACUCGUGGCAGCUAUUUUUCUCAACUUUGUAUUCAAUGCAAAUAUAUUCACUUGAUAU